GUGCAGUUUCAAAGUGUGAUUCUGUCACGUCUGUGAGGGGAUCAGAGCUUCCUACAAAUAGGAUGGAUCCCCAGGGAGAGGCACCCAAGAAAAACAACACGGAGCAUCUAGUUGCUGACAGGCGGGAAGGGAUUGGUGUUUGUGGCUGGAUCCUGGUUUCCCUUUCAUUCCUCCUGGUACUUAUUACCUUUCCUAUUUCCAUCUGGGCAUGUAUCAAGGUUAUCAGGGAAUAUGAACGUGCUGUUGUAUUUCGGCUGGGACGCGUACUGUCUAAGAAAGCAAAGGGACCAGGUUUGAUCCUCAUACUUCCAUGUACAGAUACAUUUGUCAAGGUUGAUCUUAGAACUGUCACGUGUAACAUUCCUCCACAAGAGAUUCUCACAAAAGAUGCUGUUACUACCCAAGUUGAUGGGGUGUUGUACUACAGGAUCCACAGUGCUAUCAGUGCUGUUGCUAACAUCACUGAUGUCCACUCAGCUACCUUCCUCUUGGCACAGUCAACCCUGAGAAAAGUUCUGGGUACUCAGAGCUUGGCUCAGCUCCUAUCAGGCCGGGAGGAGAUCGCACACAGUGUCAAGGCUAUCCUCGACAAUGCUACAGAGCAGUGGGGAAUCAAAGUGGCCCGUGUGGAGAUCAAAGAUGUUAGGAUUCCUGUGGCCAUGCAGAGGGCAAUGGCAGCUGAAGCAGAGGCUGCUCGAGAAGCAAGAGCUAAGGUUGUAGCAGCAGAGGGAGAAAUGAAUGCUUCUAAAACCCUCAAGCAGGCCUCCAUAGUGCUGUCUGAGUCUCCAGCAGGUCUUCAGCUGCGCUACCUGCAAACGUUAACAACCUUGGCAGCAGAGAAUAAUUCCACCAUUGUCUUCCCUCUCCCUAUAAAUAUGCUUGAGAGUCUGGGUCAGAAAAAUAAAAAAGGAUAGAGACUGUUCACUUCUAUAAUAGCUCCUUGGGCAGAGAGAUUGAAAAGGUUUCCCAGGAAGCAAGGAGUUCCAGAUUACCAGAAGUAAAAUAGAACUAUGCAUGUGUUCUCUGUACCAAAAAUAAGAGUAAAAAUAGUUUAACAAUCACAUAUAUAUAGUUCCCACAGUAGAAAACUGAGUUUGCCAAGUUCAGGCACUAAGC